AUGCUGCUGUUUGUGGCAUUGGCUGUAGUGAUGAUGACACUUCAGAUUGUUCAGAACAGUUCUUCUGCGAAAUGUCCCAUGAGUCACCCUCUUUCUAUUCUUCACAAGUACUAUUAUCCUGGUGACAUUAUCAUUGGUGGCAUUCUCUCUCAGAUUUAUGUAUUUUCCAAUCUAUUAACCUUUCAAGAAGAUCCCUCUUCUGAAGUAUUUGAUUUCACCAAUGUCUUAACUCAGAACUACCAACAUAUUCUGGCUUUGCAAUUUGCAGUAGAAGCAAUUAAUGAAAAUCCAAGGAUCUUACCUAAUGCCACUUUGGGGUUCCAUGUGUUGAACAGCAAUUUCCGUGCCAGGUGGACUUACCGUGCCUCAGUGGAACUGCUCUCCACACGGGGCAAGUUUACCCCCAACUACAAGUGCGAUGCCCAGGCUAAUCUAGCCACAGUUAUUGGUGGCCCUAACACUAACGUGUGCCUUUUUAUGGCAACUGUUCUAUGCAUCUACAAAGUUCCACAGUUUGCUUAUGGUUCAGCUCCAGUGAUGAAUGACAAAUCACAGGGAGUUUUCCUUCAUCAGCUAUUCCCAAAUCUUGACCAUCACUAUAAGGGGAUUCUCCAGCUACUGCUGCAUUUCCAGUGGAUGUGGAUUGGUGUUCUGUAUGUAAUUGAUGACAGUGGAGAGAGCUUUGUGGAAAAUGUGCUGCCCAUCUUUGCCCAGGAAGGUAUCUGCUUUGAUUUUGUGGAAACAUUUCCACAAAUAGGUUUUUCCUCAGAAAUCAACCCAAUAGCACUGGAAGGACUGAGGACAAUCAGUGUUGUUAUGGGAAGGACGGCCAAUGUGGUGGUUGUACAUGGUGAAAUUCAAAGUAUGAUGGUUUUGAGAAUUAUGCUUCAAUUCUCAAAAUUUCAUGAAAUACCGAUGAAAGCCAAAGUAUGGAUUUUCACAGCCCAAAUGGAUUUCACAUCACUUCCAUUGCUACGGAGCUGGGACAUGGACUUCAUCCAUGGUGCACUCUCUUUUGCAGUUCACACCAAAGAAGUAGUCAGCUUCUACCACUUCCUGCAGUACAGAAAGCUUCCGUCAGAGAACGAAGACAUUUUUUUCAGGGAUUUCUGGGAAGAGGCAUUUCAGUGUUCUUUCUCUGAUUCCAGUGUAGGAAUGAAGUCAGGGGGACACUGCACUGGAGAGGAGAAGUUAGAAACUCUUCCUGGGUCUGUGUUUGAAAUGAGCAUGACCAGCCACAGCUAUAGCCUCUAUAAUGCCGUCCAUGCAGUGGCAGAAGGCUUGCAAGCUAUGCGUUCCUUGACAGUGAACAGAAGAAAAAUGAGGCAUGAAGGAAGAAAGGAGCUUCUCAAUCAACAGCCAUGGAAGCUUCACCACUAUCUGAAAAGCAACUCGUUCAACAAUAGUGUUGGAGAAACCUUCACCUUUGGCUCAAAUGGGGAACUCGUGGCUGGAUUUGACAUUAUCAAUUGGGUGACAUUUCCCAACCAGUCCUUCUGGAGAGUAAAAGUUGGAAGAGUAGCAUCACUGAGUUCCCCUGGGAAAGUAUUCACCAUCUCGGAGGAUGCCAUUAUAUGGCCCAACUAUUUCAACCAGGUUUGCCCCAUUUCUCUGUGUAAUGACAUCUGCCGUUCUGGUUAUAGCAAAACCAAGAUUGAGGGGAAACCAUUUUGUUGUUAUGAUUGCCAUUCAUGUCCUGAAGGAAAGAUGUCAAACCAAAAUGAUAUGGAUGAUUGUCUUGAAUGUCCAGAAGAUCAGUAUCCAAACAAGGAGCAGAGUCUGUGCCUUCCAAAAGAUAUCAGCUUCUUGAAAUUUGAAGAGCCUUUGGGAUUUACACUAGUUUGUUUUGCCCUUUUCUUUUCUUUCCUCACAGCUUUGGUGCUUCACCUCUUCAUUAAGCACCGGGAGACCCCCAUCGUCAAAGCCAACAACAGGAACUUCAGCUAUGUUCUCCUCACUUCCCUCUUGCUUUCAUUCCUUAGCACUUUGCUCUUCAUUGGACAGCCCACAGAAUUUAUGUGUCUCCUUCGACAAACAGCUUUUGGCAUCAUCUUCUCAAUUGCUGUUUCUUCAGUUUUGGCCAAGACCAUCAUUGUGGUCCUGGCUUUCAUGGCCACCACACCAGGAGCUGGAAUGAGGAAAUGGUCUGGGAAGCACCUGGCCAGCUCCAUUGUCCUUUCCUGCUCCUUUACUCAAGCCUUGAUUUAUAUUGUGUGGUUGGUAACUGCUCCCCCCUUUCCAGAUGUUGACAUGCACUCCCUGAUGGAAGAAAUUAUCCUGGAGUGUAACGAAGGAUCGGUCACCCUGUUUUACACUGUCCUGGGCUUUCUGGGCUUUCUGGCUACCAUCAGCUUCAUGGUGGCCUUCCUGGCUAGGAACCUGCCUGGCAGUUUCAACGAGGCCAAGUUUAUCACCUUCAGCAUGCUGGUCUUCUGCAGUGUCUGGGUGUCCUUUCUUCCAACUUAUUUAAGCACCAAGGGCAAAUACAUGGUGGUCGUGGAGAUCUUUUCCAUCUUGGCCUCCAGUGCUGGCUUAUUGUUCUGCAUUUUUUUCCCCAAAAUAUAUAUUCUUGUACUGAGACCUGAGCUAAACAGUAGGAAGCACCUAAGGAGAAAAUAA